AUGUCUCUGGCUGACUCAUGCUGUACUUGCGCCACGCUGCUCUCGGACGCAAAGGUGCCCUUCGACCCUCAUUCAGAAAAGUCACCGCUGCAGCACCGCCAACUCGACUGCUGCGCGCGAUUCAUAUGCGCGACCUGUCAGUAUAAGAAUUCCCGGUUUCAGGCCUACUGCCCAUUCUGUCAGAUAUCCUCCGGCCCAUCUGCAUUACCUAGAGGAGGCCUUCGGCUGCCUCCCUCAUACACCAGAACUGUAGCUUCAACGAGUUCUACGAGGUCGCAAUCGCCGCCACCUUCAUAUGAUGAUUCGGUAGCCCCCAGGCGGGGGCCAGAGCAGAGUGCAGGGCCACCAGCAGGCACUGACGAUACAGUGCAUUUUGUGGGCUCUGAAGAAUCGUUGCAAUCGUUAUCGCUCGCCUACAAAGUGCCCAUUCCCGUCUUGCGCCGCCACAACAGCCUCUAUAGUGACCAGCUCCUCGCCGCUCGCAAAUGGAUCCUCAUUCCUAAAUCCCAUUACACUGGUCCUCCCUUGUCUACACCGCCAGAUGCAGAAGAGGAAGAGCGCAAGACAAAACUGCGGAGGUGGAUGAUUGCGACAAAAUGUGCCGACUACAAUGUCGCCCAGCUGUAUCUCAAGGCCAGUGAUUAUAAUCUGGGGCUUGCAGUUGAGGCGUUCAAGUCAGACGAGGAAUGGGAGAAGAAUAAUCCACUGAAGGGGAAGGGAAGAGAUAGCGAGAGGCAUAGGCGGCCCUAUGGGAGGGGCGGCAGUAUAUCUGGACAGCUGUCCUGA